AUGAAACGGGCAGAGCUCAGUCUUGGUCUAAUCCUCAAGCCGCGCUCAUUCGUCAUCAGCUCUUCAACACAUGCCCUCCUACUACGGCCAUUCGACAGAUCUCCUUCGAAACAGCUCAUCGUCGAAUUUGUCGAAGUUGAUGAGACAACCGAGACUGGAAUCAAGCUGGCACCCUGUUGGGGAUGCCUGGGGAUACUCGAGAUCGAACGCGAAAUCUUUAUCGUCAUCGUUACUCAUGCAACACCCAUCGGAAUACUCCAGCCAAGUCAUGAACAAAUCCAUCGCGUCGUAUCCGUUGAUUUAUUCUGCCUAACCUCGGCGGCCUUUGAUUAUCAACACAUCUUUCAUCAUCCUACUGGGAACAUUAACUCAAGCAUUGAUUUCGAUGAGCAUGCUGCACCAGACCAUCCAGCCCUGAGUGGGAUCAAGAAAAUCCUCUCCAACGGCCAAUUCUACUUCUCUACCACAGUCACCGAUCUUUCGUCCCGUACCGAACAUAGAGUCACGGCCGAGAACCGAUCGGAAGAUGACUCCUAUCGAAGAUUCUCAUGGAACUCCUUCAUGCUCGUCGGCCUCAGCGGCUUUCAACACGGGCUACCGAUCGAGAGCAGACUGCAAUUCGACCGACAAAAUUUCCUCGUCUCUGUCAUCCAGGGAUUCGUCGCCACAUAUGAAUUGAAACUACCCCCGCCCCCUCCAAGUACCGCCAAUGAUGAUCCUCUCAAUGAUCAGCUCAACGAGCCCAUCUCAUUCUCCAUCUCACUCUUCUCCCGUCUGGGAUCUCGACGGGCGGGUACUCGGUUCAAUACCCGUGGGAUCGAUGAUGAUGGCAAUGUGGCCAACUUUGUCGAGAGUGAAACGUUGAUCGUCUCCGGUUCAAAUCUGUUUUCAUUCGUCCAGAUCAGAGGCUCUGUGCCACUAUUUUUUGAGCAGUCCGGAACGGGGAUGACGAAUGUGAUCGGAGGUCUCAGUGGCCAAGGACAUCGGACCCAACUGACGCGGACAGGAAUCGCGACUCAGCCUGCAUUCGAACGACAUUUCGAAGACCUCCUACAACAAUAUCCUUCGGUACACAUCAUCAACCUUUUGAGCAACUCACGUGAGGGCGAAUGUUCGUUGAGCCAAGCCUAUCAACAGCGUCUGAAGGUUUUAGCCAGAGAUGAGGUGCAGAUGGCCCAUUUCGAUCUCCAUCAGCGAGCCAAAGCUGGCGGGCUCGAUGGCGUCCGACAGCAGCUGAAGAACGACCUAAUGAUCGGAGGACAGAUCGAGCAGAUGGGAUCUUUUUUGGCCAGUAUGUCACCUGAGGGUCAAAUCGAAGUGGUAACACGUCAAGACGGAGUCUUCAGAGUGAACUGCUUAGAUUGUUUAGAUCGGACCAAUGUCAUCCAGGAAAUGUUAUCCCGAAUGGCAGUCGAAGCUUUUUUGUCCGCAACUCAUCCGCACCUGCUGAGGUCUGACUAUUUAUGGAACUGUCAUCGCACCUUGUGGGCUGAUAAUGGGGAUGUUCUGUCCAAAAUCUAUGCGGGGACUGGGGCUUUGAAUACUAGUUUUACUAGGGGUGGCAAGCAAACUUUCAGUGGCAUCCUGUCAAACGCAUCCAAAUCAGUGGGCCGGAUGUACAACUCAAAUUUUAUUGAUAAAUCUAAACAGGCGCACAUUGAUCUGAUGUUGGGGAAUUUGAGUGGUCAGAAGCCAGUCAAAGUGUUUGACCCACUGAAUGACACGAUCAAGAAGAUGCUACACGAUCGUCGCUCGGAUUAUUCACAGACCCUCCCAAUAUCUCUUUGGGUUGGAACUUACAACUUGAACGGUCGAGCUCCCCCGAUGGCUAAUAAUGAUGAGCUCAUGGCUUGGCUGUGUCCGACUUCAAAUUUCGAGCCUGAUAUCAUGGCCGUCUCCUUCCAAGAGAUCGUCAAACUGUCCCCUCAGCAAAUUAUGAUCACAGAUCCUGAAAAAAAGAACAGAUGGGAGCGGGUAAUAUUGACAUCAUUAGAAAACCGCCCUAACAAGAAGUCGAGCUAUGCGAUCAUUCGAUCGGAUCAACUUGUUGGAGCGGCGUUGAUAAUCCUAGCAAAAACCGAGCUUGUUCCAGCCGUAAGGUCGGUGGAAGCUAAGACCAAAAAGACUGGAUUAAAAGGAAUCGCAGGCAAUAAAGGGGCCGUCGCUAUCCGCUUGGAUAUCCAUGAUUCCAGCUUUUGCUUCGUCACCGCUCAUUUCGCUGCUGGCUUAUCUAACGUUGAAGAGCGGAAUCACGAUUAUGAAACGAUUGAGGACGGGCUUAAGUUCUUGAGAGGUAAAACUAUUGCUAGUCACGAAAAUGUGAUUUGGGCUGGGGAUUUCAAUUAUCGGAUUGAUGGAGGCUUGCAAAACAAUGCAGUCAGACAGGCUGUUGUUGACGAGAACUAUGCGGAAUUGUUGGCUGCCGAUCAACUUUUGGAACAUAUGGCGGUUCAAGCAGUGUUUCCCAAAUACACUGAGGGAGCGAUUAACUUUCCUCCAACCUACAAGUAUGAUGUAGGCACGGAUCGGUAUGAUACAAGUGAAAAAAUGCGAAUACCGGCUUGGACUGACCGGAUUUUGUAUCAAGGCAGUGAUCUCAAUUUGAUAGAUUACUCACGUGCUGAAUUGAAAGCCUCGGAUCAUCGUCCAGUUUAUGCAACCUUAGAAACUAAGGUCAGGAUGGUUGAUCGGGUCAAAAAGGAGGUCAUCAAACAAGAAAUCCUUGAGAGUAGUGAAGUAGGCAGUCUGCGGGACGCCCUCAUGAUGCCUUUACAAGCCGGUGACUCUUCCAGUCUCGAGGCUACAGUCUUGGAUGAAUGGUGGAAGACUCCGGAACAUCCGAAUGGUGCAUGCGAGCUGAAUCCGCCUGAACAGGCUCAAGGAAUCGGAGGGUCAAGUAAUCCGUUUAUCCCAAACAUUGGCCCACCACGCCCGGGGCGUCAAUGUUCCACACCUGAAGCAAACCCGGUUGGAAGCAACCGUCUGUUCAAUGGAAAGUUGGAUCGUCAGAUCUCUUCCUCUGUUCCGUCCUCGCCCCCUCCACAAGUUGGCAAGGGUAUCCCGCCGGCGAUUCCAGCCCGACCUGCGAGUCGGUCUCCAUCUGAGACACGCAAACCAGUUACAGAAAAAUCUGGCAGCACGCUCAAAGCACAACCACCUCCGCCCCCACCACGGCCGACUUCGAAACUGAUUGUUAGCAAAGAUAACACACUGGUCGAGAUCAUCCCCAAGGGCCCCCCACGCCCACCUCCUACAACCCCCGGAUCCCUCCUGACAAGCCAAAUCUCACCCACUUCGACUGAGACCUUCAACUCUCGAGCCCGCUCACUAUCGGGCCGAAAGAGUGCACCCAGUGGACUUCAGCUAGGCGUCCCUCCCCCGCCAUCUCACCCCGCUUUGAAGCUUCCACAUCGUCAGGAAUCGGUCAAAUCUCCUCUUCUCUCUGCGUCAACUUCAAAGCUCACAUCCAGCAAGCAGGUCACCCCUAUUCGGCCUGGCUAUACUACACCCCCUCCUCCUCCUCGACCUACUUCACGAGGUUUUGCUAAUACUGCAGACGCCCCAAUCGGGGUUGAAAAUCCACAGUUUUCGCCGCGUUCAACCUUGAAGCUCCCUCAAAGGAGAGAGACUACACCUGCGGAGCUCGAUAGCAACAAUCCCCCCCUCCCACCUCGCCCGGUUUCCCGACUCCUGACUAGCGAAGAAACACCACUGGUUUCUGGAGUCGAACCUAAAGGUUUUGUUUCACUAAAUGUGUUGGCUGGGAAAGGAAUCGAUUCAGCUGAGCUUGAUCGCAAGAACCCCACCCCGCCACCUCGGCCGGCGUCCCGGAUCGUAUUUGGUAAGGAGCUCGCGACGAACGGUGGGGGUAUUGGAACUGAGGGUCCUUCGCUUCCUGCUCGGCCGGUAUCGACUCUUCUGACUGCUGGUAAUCCAUAUUCGCCGACGAUCAAGUUGGACCAGAACCAACGGAAUAAGCUCACGGGGGACCCAGAAAGUGGUGAAGGAGACGCAUCGGUCCUCGUGCGAGCCGGCUUCGUCAGACAGAGCUCCAGCGGGAUAUGGAGCUUCUUACCCAAUGGACUCAGGGUUCUUAACAAGAUCCAAGCUAUCAUCUCACGAGAAAUGGAGCGAAUCGGCGCCAGUGAGAUCUCGAUGCCCCUCUUGCAGUCCCAAAAGUUAUGGGACCGCUCCGGAAGAUCGAACCAAGCCGGACCAGAAUUAUUCCGACUCAAGGAUCGGAAGGGGUCCUCAUUGCUACUCUCGCCAACCCACGAAGAGGAGGUGACGAACUUGGUCAAGUCGGAUAUUCAAUCGGGGAAGCAACUGCCAAUCAAACUAUUCCACAUCGGGAGGAAGUUUCGCGAUGAAGCCCGUCCACGAGCAGGACUAUUGAGGUCGCGAGAGUUCAUCAUGAAGGAUCUGUACACCUUCGAUGCCGACGCCUCGGCUGCAAUGGCAUCUUACAAGGAGGUCCAGGAGGCAUAUCGGAGGAUCUUCGAAACGAUCGGCAUCCCGUUCUCAGUAGCCGAAGCUGAUAGUGGGGCUAUUGGAGGCGCGACGUCUCACGAGUACCAUUACAAGUCAUCAUCAGGAGAAGACAGCUUGAUCCACUGCACUCGAUGUCCAUACACUGCAAAUCUGGAACUAGCACGGUCAACGCUCUCGCCGCGGGUAGAAGACCCAAGCCAGCUGCAAGUCCAGUUCUUUUCCUCCCCAAGCUCACGUCGAUUCCUGGCGGCCGUCCUACCGGCGACCCACGAGCUGCAUCCGCUCAAGCUGUCGAAGGCGUGUCCAGAUAUCCGGCCGGUCCAGUCGGCCAACGAAGACGUAUUACCCGCGUUUGAAACCGAGUGGGAUCAAAUGGAGGUGCUCGUAGACGAGAGCUGUCUGGCGAUCGAGCUCGAGCAAAUCUUCGAGCGUCUCGCUCGAGCUAUCCCCACUCUCGAUCUGGCCCAGCCUACCGAUCUACACUGUCCACGACCUACGCACGGUGUCCGUCGGGGCCCCAGAGUCGAGCAUGCCGAGCUCGUUCGAAGAGCGUGUCCCGACUGUGGCUCCGGAUAG